CGACAACCCAUGCCACAAGUCUACCGACGCCAUUCGGACCACAAUACUCGCCCGUCUCUCGUCCCCCGCCGCCGGUCCACCAUGGUCCCCGCAGGACCCCAAAUGACUGAUGCAGACGAUUCUAUCGUCCUCGCCGACCUCGUGCGCACUGGCGAGGCUUCUCGCCUCCGCAGGCGCGGGGCUAUGCGUCUCGACCAUAACGCCGGCGGUACCGGACGAGCACCCCUCGGCGACAACCCCGGCCCCAGCUCGUACGCUCCUCCCGUGCGGCCUAUCAUCAUCGAACCCUCUCGGACUCCUAGCCCGGAACCGAACGCAGAUGGUGUGGGCGCAGACGAGUACACUUACACCGCCGGAGUGGUAUCGCGAGGCUGGGACGGCAACAUACGGCCGCCACCUAGUCGGGGAGCGGAGGGCAUGCAGGCGGUGGAGAUCUUGAGUGAGAGCACGCAGGCUGGGCAGGCGUUCACACUUUACUGUGGUGGCGAGGAUGCCAGGAUAGAGGAGCACGAGCAAAACGAGCCAACACGCUGGGAGCCUUCACUUCUACCUGAUCUCUCGUCUUCCUCUCGACAGUCCUCUUCGCGAGCGCAGGGCAAGUCUGUGCGCAAGACCAAUGGGUGUGGCGCGAUUGUGCAUGUGCGCGCGUAUCCCCAGCGUCCCCGCGGUGUUUGGUUGGCGAAGGAAGUCGCCGCCGAGACCGUCGUGGGAUUGGACCCAGCGUAUUGCGACCAUGCUGCGAUGGACAAGAUGCUGAAGAGCGCCUGUGGAUGUAUACGAGAAGGCAUUGGCUGUGCCGUAUGCGGAAACACGCUCGGAACCCGGUACGUGCCCUGCCAAGCUGCGUCCGAGAGCAUAUUCUCCCCUACCCCAAGCAAUCCGCCUUCGUCUUCCUCAUCAAGACCCAUUCGCCCGUUCGGCCCGAGUUACUGGAACCCCCGUCCCCCUGCGCGCCAUUCCCGUUCCUCUAUGGGGGCCUUGCGUGCUCCCUCACCUUCAUAUUACACUUUCUUCGCGGACCGCGUGACCGCUUCCCCAGCGUGCGACCUCCCAUUCCCCACUGCAGUUGCCCCGGCGCCACCAGAGCAACGCCGUAUUAACACUCGACCGGCGUCACCUAUAUUCGACUACGGAUAUAGGUGGACGGCGUCGCCGCAGCCCGUCCCUGCUCCGCUACCUCUGUUACCCGCAGGCGAGCGCGAUCCGCCACCACUCUCGCCGGUUUUUGCACUGCCGCCAUUACCUACUCUUAGCCGCAACUCGAGCCAGUUACGACCGUUGUCGAUGUCGAUGCCGUUGUCGAUAUCAGUCUCGACUCGUGAGCCUCGUUUGGGCCUGGAGUUGCAGCCCCCGUUUGCUGUGAGCACUCCUAGCGGGGAGCCGGGGUUGGAUUUGGAUGCCGACGGGGUGCCUCUGGGCGAGACGGAGGAGCCGAGCUCCCCUGACAAGGAGAGCAUGUCUUGGCCAGGGCGUUGAUAGUCUGUUUAUCAGGCCCCAAUCGCAUGCCGCGCCUGUGUCACAGCUCUGAUCCGCGCCGCUACCGCCCGUCUUGAGACGACGUUGUAGAACCAACAGUCGGUGAGCACUUCAGCAUCCGUGAUCUCCCCAAUACCCAUUACCACCUUCUGGCUACAUUCUAUGAGUGAGUUGUUUAUUUCUGUCUAUAACUCUAUGUGGUAUACACUUCGGGUCGCCAGCAACGUCAGUGGACAUUUCUGUCGUGCGAAGCUUGUGCGAUUCAUUGACUGUUGCUGUCUUGGAUAUAUUCUUUGCAUCGCCUGUUUGUUUGAAUGUCUAUAUCUAACCUUGCUUUCGCCUUCGUAUUAGACUAUGUAUUCUCCACCAUUGACUCCUCCCCCUCUUCCCCCUCUCC